CACUGAUCCAACAAAGAAAAAAAAGGAAAACUCCAGUUUGCGGCUUUUAUAAAUGGGGACUAUGUUCAGCUUUCAGUCGCUCUGUCAGCUUCUGAUCGUCAAACACGAAGCUUCCCACCAUCACAGGUCACAAUCCGAAGCCUGUCCAACAUCGACACCAUGAAUCCAAGGACCCCGACGCUGCUUUUUUGUCUGUUUUUCCUCUGCCGGCUGGAGGAAGCGCUCCUGUCUCGGCUGGGAUAUUGCGCAGGAGAUCUUUGCGUUUUUCAAGCUGCCGUGGACUUUGACGGCGCAGUGAAAGAAUGCCAAGAGUCGGGUGGAGAGUUACUGAGGUUCAGCUCCGAAGAAAACAUUUUGGAGAGUAUCGCCGGCGCGUUUGACGGUAAAUACUGGCUGCAAAGACCCGACAAGAAAAGCGAGGAAGCUGCGGAAGGGAUCCAAACGUGCCCCUCCGUCUUCGUGACGCCGGGACUGAACGUCACCGUGUCGUGGGAGCCGUGCCGAGACAAACUCAACGGAUUUCUGUGCGACUUUGUACGCGACGGUUUUUGCAGUCGCUUGCAGACUCUCGGAGGCGCACAGAUAACCUACACCACGUUCAGUGGCUUGGCUGUGGCCGAUUCGGACGCGUUUCCAGCGGGAACCACGGCUGUAAAGAGAGACGCUGACGGUGAACCUCCGGCCUCCAAGUACCUGUGUUCCUCUGCGAACUGGCUGCCAGCUCCCUGGCCGUGUGAGGUGCUGAACGGCGGCUGUGAGUUUAACUGCAGCUCCGAAACACAAACCUGCACCUGUCCCGAGGGUCAAAUCCUCCAUCCCAACAACAUCAGCUGCACCAAGCAACCGUGUGCAGACGGUGCGCAAGGGUGUCUACAGGUGGGGGCCAUCCAUGCGCCAGAAUGCCCUAAAGGCUUCAGGCUGGCGCAGGACGGGAAGAGCUGCGAGGACAUAAACGAAUGCGAGGAGGAUGAUCCGUGCACAGCUGAAGGUGAGGAGUGCGAGAACACCAGUGGAGGGUUCAUGUGCAUCUGCCAAGAGGACUUCGUCUUUGAGGAUGGGAUGUGUGUGAAUAUAACAAUCUGCGGGCUGUGUGAGCAGAUGAUCUGUCCGAAGAUCGAUGGGGUUUAUCAGUGUGACUGUAGGAAGGGCUUCAGGGUGUCACCCCAGGACCCCACCAAGUGUGAGCAGCACUGCACUGAGAGAGACUGUCCAGCCAAAUGCGUGAAAAACCCUGAUCAGGAGAAGAAGAACAUGCAGCAGUGCUUCUGCCCUGAUGGCUACAUAACAGACAUCGGGGAAGGCACAGCCAUCUGCACUGACAUAAACGAAUGUGAAAACCAGAUCAUGUGCGAACACAAGUGUGAAAAUCUGUUCGGUGGUUACAGGUGUUUGUGCAAUGAAAGCUUCAAGCUGCAGGAUGGAUACAAGUGUGUCCCCCUGUAUGAGCCGGAUGAGGGUGGAUCAGGCUCCACCGAGUCCUUCUUCACUCCUGCCAGCAGGCCGGCCAGCGGUCACUCAGCUCCACUGCCCUCCUACAUCAAGACAGGUAGCAUCCUGGGCAUCACCCUGUUCCUGCUGCUGUGUUUGGGGCUGCUGUGCUUCCUGAUCCGAAACGCAUUCAGGCGUUGUGGGAAAUUUCAGCUUUCCUCCCUCAAACAUCCAGAUAUCGAUAUUUUCUACCUGCAGCAGGUGACCACGGAGACGUACAAGAGGUUAUCCUUCGACAAACAGUUUAAAAAUGACUCGCAGAGACUUUAAUCGCAUCACUGUGGAUGGACAGUGUGUUUGUUCGGCUUCCACUCCAGUCUCGAACACUGUUUUUUUCUCCAGAGAGGCGUCAAACCCACAGCAUGGGACUCCUUAAAGCUGCAGUAAAUCACAUAGCUGCUGUAAAGUCACAGUAUACAUCACUGCACAUUAGUGGAAAUGUGGGACUUUGAAGGGAAACAGCUCAAUGCUUCCUUCAGUAGACUUCUACAUAGAAUUAUAACCACCUUCUCCUCAAUUAUAGGCCAAUUUUUAAGUACUAUUUGAAGGAUAAGAUGCAGUUUAACAGAAAAAAAAGUCCAGUAGUAAAGGUACUAAAAGUUAAUAUGGUCAAUUUCUCUCAUUACAAUACAUUUUCCCACAAAAUCUAAACUAUAUUUCAUUUUGUUGUUGUUUUCAGAUCAGUGACAAGAUUCGAAUGUAACAUGUUGGUCAUCAUACAUACUGUUCAUGAACUACUUGUAGUUUUUACCUUUUGUCACACUUUAAACUUUCAGUGUGAAGAAAAGGAGCAAAAAAAAUGUUCUCUUUAGUCAAAAGCUCAUUAUUUACCGGUGUGAUAAUGAUUCACUGUGACGGAUGUUUGCUCGUGAAACAUUCAGCGGUUUAUGUUCGUGACAUUUGAGACACUGUUUUCUCAUUUUGAAGCUUUUAUCCGUCAAGGUUUAGCCACAUCGUGAUGACACCUAAGACAAACUACUCCCUAAAAACCAUCUAAAUAAGGUAAAUCGUUGCUUUGCACGAUUACAGACUGACUGGGUUGAUUAUAAAGUCAGAAAUGAUAGUUUCUCCGUUCGAGUCGUCUCACUGAACAUUAUACUGUGACUCUUUGUGGUAUAAUUUGUGCCAACAAAAAAAAAAACACUGUAUGACGAAUGAACAGCUAAAUGACUGUUCCUGAGUGUACAUCCAACAGAGCUCAUUUAGAUAUCAAUAGAACUCCAGUAUAGUUUGUCUACAUGCUUCAAAACGUUUGCGUUCCUGUUGCCAUGUUCACUAUUAAUGCUGACUGCACACAGCUCCCACUGGCCUUUAAACACUGAGUUAAAUGUUAUUAAUACUGUAUAACAGACUGAUCUCGACUGAUCGGUUCAACAUGAAUGUAAAACUGUGCUGCUACGGUUCAAGUUUAUAGAAAACAGAACCUGCUGUGGAGACACAUUUGCACCUCGUUCUGAUAUGUUCAGCCACUCUGUAAAACAGGCUCACAGCAAGCUUUCACCUGUUGCAGUUUGAUUUUGUUCUUUGUUUUUUUGUGUGUGUCCAUAUUAAAUGAUUUAUAUUGUGA